ACAAAAACAUCGAGCAAGAAAAUUAUACUUCCCAAAAACUUUCAAGCUCAGAAAACCCUAACAAAGCUAAAAAAAAUAAAGAACAAGCGUUAGUAAGGCGUGCAUCUGCAAGUGCAUCGGCUAGUGAUUUUCCUCAUAUUGAUUUAAGACUAUUGCGAAUUAGAGAAAUUGGCUCGUCGUUUAGCUGUCUUCAAUAUCAUUAUUCGAUUGAUGUAAUAAAUAUUUUAAAAAAAGAGGAUUCCUAUCCGGGACAGCCUGAUCCUGAAUUGGGACGAUUUCAAUAUAGAAAUAACACCAACACUACACACAAAAUUCCACAAAUGAAUGUUGCUCCAUUAAGUGACGAAUCACAUAUGACUACACAACUCCAGGAAACGGCGAUACCGAAUACAACCCAUCG